GAAAGAGGAAGACAGGCCACUCGCUCUGCUACAGAGGGCCUCAAAUGAAGUGCAGAAGGGCAAAUCCUUCAGGGAAGUGGCAAAGUCCCUGGUCUAUGCCAUGUCACCCUGUACCGGUUCCAUAAGAGGAGGCUGAGGUUGGAGAGUCAGGGAUCACAAACACCCCCAAGAGUAGGCUACUGGACACCAAAGAAGGUGUUCUCAACAGAGCAGGAGAUGCUUUUGAGAGACUACCUGAUGGAGGCAGCUGAUUUGUAUUAUGGUCUCAGCUCAAAGGAGGUGCGGAAGUUUGCCUAUGAAUUGGCAAAGAACUACGAAUGCAACUUCCCUCAAACCUGGGCAGAGAAAGAGAUGGCCGGAGCUGAGUGGCUCACAACGUUUUUGAAGCGGCACCCUACCCUCUCCAUACGCAGACCUCAGGCUACCAGUCUCUCACGGGCUACAAGCUUCAACCGAACAAAUGUCAACAAGUUUUUUGACAACCUGUCUGCUGUCCACUCCUGACGAAGCAUGGUUUUGUCACACAGGACAUUUGGAAUAUGGACGAAACCGGAGUCACAACUGUCCAAAACCCUGGGAAGAUUGUGGCCAGAAAAGGGACCAAACAAGUCGGCAGUGUGACAUCUGCAGAGCGGGGCACUCUCAUCACACUUGCAUGUGCUGUAAAUGCAUUGGGGAAUUCCAUCCCUCCAAUGAUGAUAUUCCCCCGGAAGAAGUUUCAGCCCUUCUUCACCAGCAAUGGCCCUCCUGGCUGUAUUGGCACAGCAAAUGGGUCUGGGUGGAUGCAAGAGGAAGACUUUGUGGUCUUCCUCAAGCACUUCCAGAGCCAUACCAAGAGCUCACAGGAGUCAAAAGUGCUGCUGGUUCUGGACAAUCAUUCCUCCCACCUUUCUGUGGAGGGGAUUGAUUUUUGCAGGAGCCAUGGGAUCAUCCUCCUCUCUUUUCCUCCCCACUGUUCUCACAAACUACAGCCCUUAGAUCGCACUGUAUACGGGCCACUGAAGAAGCACAUCAACAGCCGCUGUGACAACUGGAUGAAGACUCAUCCAGGAUCCACAAUGACCAUUUACGAUCUGCCGGGCAUUGUGAAGAGUGCCCUUCCUCAUGCUGCAACGCCAUCAAAUAUCCAGGCAGGGUUCGCGUGCACUGGAAUUUGGCCUUUUAAUAGAGAUACUUUCAGUGACAUCGACUUUAUGCCAUCCCAAGUCACAGACCGCCCACCACCAGAGCCUUCUACCAGUGCAGCUCCAACACCGACUGUGGCAUCCUCUCUUCCACUCGCAGCCUCCUCUCCUCCACUCACAGCCUCCUUUCCUCUACUCGCAGCCUCCUCCCCUCCACUCACAGCCUCCUUUCCUCUACUCGCAGCCUCCUCCCCUGUCAGGCCAUGUGUGGAGCCUGGGACAUCAUCCUCUGCAACGCCUUUCUCACCCAUGUCCAUCCGUCCACAUCCAAAAGCUGGACCAAGGAAGCAGACCACAAAGGGGAGAAAAAGAAGAGAAACCGCUGUCCUCACAGACACUCCUAUGAAAAAUCUACUCCAGGCUGAGAAAAAAAGAUCUAACGCAAAGAAGUGUAAAGCAAAGAAAAAAAUCAAUUUCUGCAACAAAAAAACCCCCAACAAGAAGCAGAAGAUGCAGGACUCAUCUGAUGAAGAUGAGGCCCAAUACUGCAUUGUGUGCCUGGAGAGCUACUCCAGGUCCAAGGAGAUCUGGCUGCAGUGUUGCUCCUGUAAAGCCUGGGCACACAAGGACUGCACAGAUGGAAGUGCCUUUUACACCUGCCACAACUGUGAAUCUGAUUAAUUCUGGUGUUCUGUUUUAAGUUCUGUUCAUUGUUCAUUGUUUGAUGGAGGAUGUGUGAAACCCCAUUUAAAAUCUUGUUAUCUAAUUUGACAGCUUUCCCCUAUUUUUUGUCAUGUAGUGUGAAAAAAGGUAACCGUUAUUAACAUGUUACAACCGUGCCUGGCAUGUGCUACAACUGUCCCUGUACACAAGGACAGUUGUAACAGUUGAGUUUUUAAAAAAAAAUACAUUUUCCAACCUGUACUUAUUUCAGAAAAACAGCUUAAAUACAUUGUUUCAGUAGCUGACAUAUUGAUAAUGUAUAAUAUAGCGAAAUGGCUAUCCAAAAAAAAACCCAAAAAGUGUUGCAACUGUCCCUGGUCUCCCCUACGUAAUCUGCGCGACCUGCGCGUCCACAUCUCCACGUGCAGUGCUGCAUAAAC